ACCUUGCAAGUCUGGGCUCUUAACCAAAUGAGCAGGAGCCAACUGAUGCAUAUGUAUAAGCUUGGAGAUCUGACGCCUGCUCCAUCCAUGACGAUUCCAAUGGCACAUUCCUCAAGGCCAACUCUGGGUUUUCCCCUAGGGACGGCGCUCCUGAUCUUUGUUAUCUUCUCCCUCAGUGGCAUCUUCUCAUGUUGCUACCACUGGGACAAGCUCCGUGCCUUCCUCUGGUCUCGGCAUCCUGAUGUGAUACUCCAAGAAGGCCAGCACACCGUCAUCUCCAUUGCGUCUCCGAGCAAGACAACAUCUGAUCACAAGAACGAGAAAGCAGAGAAAGAGUGUGGUUUGCCCGUUAUUAUGCCUGGGGACAGGAUCCCCAAAUUCUUCGCCAGGCCGUGCCCGCAUGAGAAGUGUUUGCCUGCAGCAGAGGAGGAGGAAGCUGAGGUGCAAGUCAAAUGUUCUGUUCCACAAUCUAGUUAGUAGCUGUAAAUGAAGCCAUACAGAGUGGGUGUAUAUAAGCUUUUAUUAGAACCUCUAAAAAAAAUUCCAUUUCCUCUUUGGUCCUAUGAAAAUAUUCAAUUUCUUCA